UCCGCGGCCAUAGUAGAGGUGCACGCGCGAGAAUCGAUCCGAAUCGCCGGCGAUAAACGCAUCUCCCGCGAGGCGAUCGUCGCGCGCCGCGUCGCCGCCGAGCGAUGAGUUCCAAGUUCAUCAUCGAUAGCAUGCUCCCAAAGUACCACCAGCAGUUCCAUCACCAAAAUUUGUUCGCGGGUGCUGGGGCGUCGCCGAUAGAGGCGUCGCUUUCAUCUUCUUUAUCGUCGUCGCUCUCGACGUCGCUGUCUUCGAGUCUUUCUGGCGGGCUGGGGGCAGCGGCUUUGGGAGCUGGCUCUCCGGGGGCAGGAAGCCCGCAGCGGUCAUCAUCAUCGUCAUCGGCGUCGCCGGGUGCGCCGUCGAGGAUGUAUCCUUACGUUUCCCACCACCAGCAGUUCGCGGGAUCAGUACCGUUCACGGGCGCCGGAGGCUUGUCUGCAGCGGAUGACAAGAGUUGCCGGUACCCGACGGCGGUAGGAGGUGAUCCGAUGGUGAAUUACGCACUGGGUCAGCAUAAUGGCGGGGCGGCGGUAUCGGCGGCGUCGGCUAGCAUGGCAGCAGCAGCUCAGUUCUAUCACCAGGCAGCGGCGUCGGCGGCUUCAGCGGCUACGGCGGCCACCGUGGAUGCUAUGGGGGCGGCGUGCGCCCAGCCCUCGGCCCAGCCGCUACCAGAUAUACCGCGGUAUCCGUGGAUGUCCAUCACCGAUUUUCCAUUUCCAGAUUGGAUGAGCCCCUUCGACCGCGUGGUCUGCGGUGAGUUCAAUGGUCCGAAUGGAUGUCCGCGGAGGCGAGGCCGGCAGACCUACACGAGGUUCCAGACGCUAGAGCUAGAAAAGGAAUUUCAUUUCAACCAUUACCUGACCCGCAGGCGCAGGAUAGAGAUUGCGCACGCGCUGUGCCUCACAGAGCGACAAAUAAAGAUAUGGUUUCAGAACCGACGCAUGAAGUUAAAGAAGGAGUUACGUGCCGUCAAAGAAAUAAACGAGCAGGCACGCAGAGACAGAGAAGAGCAGGAGAGGAUGAAACAACAGCAACAGGAGAAGCAAUCAAAGCUGGAUGGGCAGCACCACGGGCACCACGUCACUCAUCAUCACGACCCUAUGAAAAUGCCCAUCGACAAAGGUUCCAACGACCUUCUAAAAGUGAACAAAGUCCCUACGUAAGGUGCCUGUGACACCGUUCUUGACUGACCCUGUAUCAUAUAGUGUGAAUACAUGAACAGAAGUGUUACGUCCAAAUGGACUGUGCAUUAGUCGUCUCGUAUCCUCUAGGUUUAUGUUUUGCGGCUGAUAUGACCUCGUUGUGGAGGUGUAGGACUCUGUUCGUCUAAUGUUCCUUUAGUGCGAAGGACUUGCCUAGGUGUUCGCUGGGUGACAGGCUGGUGAUGUGCUUUAAGCAUUUAUUUUGUUGCCAUAACCACACCUUGUAUUUUGCAAUAAUAUUUUACUAAAAUUUACAAAAGCGUUAGAUUCGUGUAAGGUUACAUAGAUGCCCGAGUGAACUUCGGUAUUGUUAGUUAAGAUUUAAAAUCUGUGAAUCUCAUAGUAUUUAUUGCUACCACUUACUCUAAUCCAUUAUGUUAUAUUUUUAUUAAUAGAUUAUUAUAUUAUGUACAUUAUGAUGUAUAUUUUAUUAUUUUGCCCGCUUUUAGCGGGGAAGUUAUGUUUUGUCGGUCACAUUUUUUAUGAUUGUGAAAUUUGUUGUAUUUUAUCAGUUGAUUUCAAAAGAGUUUCUUUUAUUUUCGACCGGAUUGUGAUUCAUUUCAGUUGUUAAGUCCACAGAUUGUUGUAUGAUUUGAGCUUUUCAUUUUUAAAGAAAAUAAUAUCUUAACCAGUUUGAAGUGCAGUUAGAGACCUCUAAGGAAAAAAAAUCAUUAAAUUAUAUUCCAGACUUGGUUAAUAGUAAAUAACAAUUAUAGAACUGGUUAAGAUACAUAUUGAUUUACCUACGUAGCUAAUUCCGUAAGAACUUAUAGUGUAUAUUUAAUAACAAAAUACGUAUGGAAGUACAAUUGCAAAUAAGUCUUCGUAUUCGAGCGUUGUGUUUUGUAAUUUCUGUUUAUCAGAAUAAAUAAGAUAUUAUAAUGCGGUAUUUUUUGAUAAUUCUAACUAAAGAAUACCAUGUCCAAUAAAUCGAAAUAGAUCGAGAACAAAUUGAAUAUGAAAGGAUGGGAGCUGCUUGUGAGUAUCGCAGCGUCCAAAAUUCCGAGUCAUCAGAUGUUCAAAAUUAUAUACGUAACGAUGAUACAUAUAAUAAAUUACAAUAAUGUGACUAAAUAUAAAUUUUACACGUAAAAUUAAAGUUGAGUAGCUUAAGUGUAUAAUAUAAAUAGUUAAAUAGGUUCGACUUUGUAUGAAGUAUUGCUAAGAAUAAUGGUUAGAUCCUUUUCCCAGUAGUAGAGUAAGCAGUGGUCGUCUUUAUCACAAUUCCAGUUUGAAAAAAUAUAUUAACAUUUCAUGAGCAACAUCCCGUCUCACAAAUUUUUCUCUUAUAUUUUUUAUGUAAAUUCACACACAUAGAAAUUUGCCAAAUGAGCGAGUACCCGAUAUAAGGCUUUACAAAUAGUCUGUAUAAUACAGAAAUUUACUGAAAAAAUAAAGAAGCAAGCGCUCCAUCUCACAUAACAGUUUCAUGUUUUGCAAAUAAACCUAAACCAGUUAUCGUUGCUUUCAUAGCUACAUUGUGCCAAAAUAUACAAAAUCUAGUGCAGUACCACAUUCACAUUUACAGCGGUGUCCAAUUUAUUAAUUUUUAACCCGAAUACGUAUAUCUGAACAAAAAUUAGAAAUAAAUUAGUGUUGAUAGUCACCAUUAUACGUAAAUUAAUGUCAGGGUAGAAUUAAAGAAAUAAAUAAAUAUCUGUACCUAUUAAAAUUGGAAUUCUUCGCUUGAUUUUGAUAAAUCUCCUCUUAAUAUCUGUCCACUGUGUUAUUCGUAAAUAGUAUCAAUGUCGUGAUAUCAUUAGAAAAAGUCGGUAGAUUAAGGUCAUCCUCAGUCAUUGCACAAAUUAUUUAACGUAUCCAGAUUUCCUAUACGAGAUAUAUAAUUGGUAUUAAAGUUUGAAAAAAACCUAUUCAGAGUAAUGAUUUCUGAUUCUUUUCUAUAUUUUUAUACAAUUUUUUGUUAUUUGGGAUGUAAGUACUGAUGUUGAAUAAUUAUGGUCUGAUUUACAAAAGUAGAGCUGAAAAAAAUUUCUUCAUAUUUUUAUCAUCAUAUUACUCAGAGAAUAAAUUACGUUGAUUCGGCUGUCAACCACAAAAUUUCAAAAUGUUGUAGUAACAUACGAAAUAAGGUUGUCAUUAGUAAUAUAUCACCCCCAAUUUACUUUUAACUAUAAAAUCGAGAAUGAUUAUCGAACAAAAUGUACUUAAGUAACUUUGGUAUAAGUAGGCUUUAUAAAUUAUAAUGCAUAGUUAUUAGUCGUAGACCUUGUAAUGACAUUUAAGCGAUUCCGAUGGUUAGUAUUGAAUAAACGCUUAAUUAUUUAAUAUGGUUCGUAAUUGCUACAUAAAUCAUUGGUUUUGGAAAUAGGGGCGUACACAAUGUUGAAUUUGAAAUAAAUAACACAAUUUGUGUAUACGAAUUAAAUUGUUGUUUGUGCAUUUGAUGAUUGUUUUUCAGUUUUAAAAUUUUGUUUUACCGUCGUUUUUAUGGGACAGUGCAAAUUAGGAACCACUUUGAAAUAGUGAAUUGGUGGUCUCCUCAUAAUUGGCUAUUAAGUUUCGUUCAACAAUAAGCAAAACUUGUAACAUAGUAAUGAUACUCGUAAGUAUAUGUACGUCCAUGAUUUACCGCAGGUUUUCUUUAUUGUUUCUGACUCGUAAAGUUGUAAUUCAGAGAAACAAUGAGCAAUUUGUUAAAUAGAUUAUAUACGACCUCCAUCCGUAAUGCUGUCUUGCCAUAUUGCUAGUAUUUUUGUAGUCAGUAGCUACAUACCUUUCUGAGUAUUCAGUGUAUAUGGAAAAGAAUGGCGUAUCUUUGCUAUGCAAGUUACUUAGUAUUGCGGUUAAUAUAUUUUGUUCUAGAAUAUCCUCAAUGCAUGCAACGUCGACCAAAGCGAUGUCUGUGCAAAUUCAGAAAUUGUUUUCGUUUUUUUUUAAAGUUCACCAAUGUUGUCACAUCUCUUUAAAGUCAUUUAUAUUUUCUUCUUUAUAAUUUUCAAAGGAUCUAUUUUUUUAAAGCUUUGCAUAGCAAAGCAUCGUUUUAACUGUCAGUUUUUCGGCACAACCUAUUUUGUUUGUUUAAAAAUACAUAUUAUCAUCAGUUUAAUUAUUCUUUAUUAAGUUUAUAUUGUUGCGUUUAAACAUUUCAUUAAUUUCAAUGUUAACAAGAC